AUGCGACAUAUUACAGACCCCGACCCCCGCCAUGAUGUGGCGAAAACAUCGCAUCUGAGCAUCUCCAACUCGCGUGCAGAAAAAGGGCCCUUCAUCAUAUAUGACCCUAAUGACCCUCACGCCGAUCUUCACGAUGUUGACGACGAGUCAACAGUUCUUUUUCUCUCCUACUGGUAUCAUUCUCCCGCCAAGCAAUCGAAAUUCCCUACGCCAUCUGCAACGUUAAUCAAUGGACUAGGAAGAUGUAAUUCCACCCCUUCGUCCGAUCUGUCCGUCAUUUCUGUUGUUGCGGGAACUUGGACAAUCAUCGAAGUAGAUGGUGUGAACCAUGUACCCAAUACGGUCCAUCAAAUUGAGGUAUUUGCAGGGAUCGGAACGUCACCCAGCGCGGGUUCAACAGGCUUUACCGGUGGCAUCAAUUCUGCUAUCUUUCGAUAUUCCGGCGCUAGCGAGACGGAGCAUGAAACAGAAAUGACAGUGAACGUUUUGCCGAUGAACGAGACAGACCUCGUGCCACUCGAGAAUCCUGGAGCCGCUUUGAACUUAGCUUUCUCAUUUACGUCAGGUGGAAGGUUCAACGUCAAUGGCGCCAAUUUUACUCCGCCGACUAUGUCGGUGCUUCUCCAGAUCUUAAGUGGGGUUCAGAAUGCGAACGAUCUUCUACCUGCUGGUGCCAUGUCCUCUCUUCCAUCCAAUGCGACGAUCGAGAUUUCGAUGUCUGGAGGUUUCGCCGGUGGAAGGGCGAGUACUGAUCCUUUCCAUCUGUACAGAUACGUAUUUGAUGUGGACCGGACUAAGCCCGUUCGGCAUGAUAUCGUUAACACCGAGAACAAAGGCGAUAAUGUAACCACCAGGUUCACCACAGAUAACCCAGGACCACGGUUCCUAUCACUGCUGGGAGCAAAUGGAAAACAUGCGGUCUUUGGACAGAUCUUCGAUCCAGUGGUCUUUGGAAACCAAAAACCUCCGAUCUGA